AUUGCGUCGCAAGUUACAGAGCCGUGCGCAUCAUCCCAGGCGCGUUGCUAGGGGCGACCAAAAAGGGGCCUAUUCGGCCCACGUCACUGCUGCUCUGGCUGUGUGUUGCUUUUGUUGGAUGCGGGCUCUGAACUGGCCGCCAGCUACUAACGUUAGCUAGCUCGCUACAAAUACGGUAGUUCACCUGGGGUGUCGUCGUAAAAGAUGGAGCUCUCUGCGGUCGGGGAGCGCGUAUUCGCCGCGGAAUGCAUCCUCAAACGUCGCAUUCGCAAGGGCAGCAUUGAGUAUCUCGUUAAAUGGAAAGGAUGGGCCAUCAAAUACAGCACGUGGGAGCCAGAAGAGAACAUUUUGGACAGCCGACUGAUUGCAGGAUUUGAACAGAAGGAACGAGAGCGGGAACUUUAUGGGCCAAAGAAAAGAGGACCUAAACCCAAAAAUUUCCUCCUUAAGGCUCGAGCCCAUGCGUCAGAGAGCUCCGCACAAAGCCCCGCCUCCCGCCGCUGCCCCUCCCAGCGUACCCCCUCCAGCCCCUCCCCUUCCUCCGCCCCUUCCCCCUCCUCCUCCACGUCAGCCUCUUCCUCGCUGCCCACUCCCAAACUCCAGUCCAGAGCCGCCUCCCACAAACUGAAGAAGGACAUCCGCCGCUGCCACCGCAUGUCCCGGCGGCCCCUGCCACGCUCCGACCCCCUGGCCCCGCCCCACGGCGCCCGCCCCCCCGUCUCCCCCUUCUCGGAGACCGUCACCAUCCUGAACCGCCGGGUCAAGCCGCGCGAGGCCAAGAGGGGCCGCAUCAUACUCAACCUGAAGGUCAUCGACGGGGGCGGGAACCGCCGGAUCCCCCUGCCGUCCCACCACGCCCGGGCCGCCCAGGGGCGCCAGAACAUCCCCUCCCGAAACCGCAUCAUCGGGAAGAGGUUCAGCGACGUGCCUUUCAGGGGUCCCCCGCCGCCUUUGAGAAUGCCGGGGUUCCCCAUGUACGGGAAGCCGUACGGGGUGCAGCAGGUGUCGCCCAGCGUCGGGCCGGCUCUCUCCGGGACGGGGUGCAGCGGCGAGGCCGGGGGGGACAGUAACUCUACCCCAGCGGGCGGAAACGCGGGCGCAGCACAGCCUGUUCCCCGGUACCAGCCGCCCCCCUCCCCCUCCAGCUCCAGCGGCUCCGACAGCGGCCCGCCCUCCCCUCCUCAGAUCCAGCCCAGCCCCGCCCAGGCCCCGCCCCCGCAGGCCUCCGCAGGCUGCGCCUCCCCUCCCAAACUCAGCCCCCAGGCCCCGCCUCGGCCCGGCCGAGCUCCGAAGUGCAAGCGGAACGCCGCGUCCGCCCCCACCGCCAGAUCCUUCCUGCCGUCCUCCCCCUCCCUGUCUUCAUCGUCCACGUCCUCCUCUUCGUCUUCUGAGGAUGAGGAGGACGAGGAGAUUCUGGAUCUCUCGGUGCCUCUCGAGGUCAAAAGGAACCCCAGGCGCCGCUGCGGUCGCCGUGGCGCCCAGACCGACGACCCCCCCGCUUGUCAGGGCGCCGAAACCCUGCCCCUGCAGAGCCCCUCGGACCCCCCUCUCCUCUCCCUGGAGAACCCGCGGGGCCCCUGUGAGGGGGACCCCGACUGGCACCCGGAGAUGGCCCCGUGCUGCACCAACGUGGUGGUGACGGACGUGACCACGAACCUCCUCACCGUCACCAUCAAGGAGUUCUGCUCGCCGCCCGAACUGGACAAGUCCGCCCCCCCCAGCCCCUCGUCCGACGCCGCCGACGCUUCGGACGCUGCCUCCCGUCGCCGCCGCUGUCCCCCGCCGCGCCGACCCCCCAGCCCAAACCGUGAACUGCAGAACGCCCCGCUCAAAAGCCUUGAAAAAUCAGCUUCUGCUGGCUUGAUCUACAUCCCCCCCCCCCCCCCAAAAAAAAAUAUGCACAACUGCAGAAAAAAGUACUGUAUUUAUUUUAUUUUUUUCCAUGUAUUGAAACACAGUGAGCUCAUAUACAGGGUGCUUCUGUUUUCCUGUUUAUUACACGUACAGUACUGCAUGCUGAAUCGCCACAGACUCACCGCGUGUUCCUGCAGACUUGGGUGCGUUCACACCUAACAAUAGAGUGGCACUUUAAUUUAAAGUCCAGUGCAUGCAGGUGUAUUAUUGUAUCAAAUUUCUUUCCGCUUAUUGUGCUCAAUUGAAUUUGACUUACUAGUAUGCAUACGACUUGCAUCGAAACUCGUGAAGAUGGUUUUGCAUUCUGAUGCAUAAUGGAGCUCCCCUCUCCCCACUCAUACAUGCAAAGGACUAUAUAGCUAGUUAUAUAUUUAUAUGCACGCACAGUGUUUAGGCCGGGACGGGUUUCAUCAGUCAGACGAUUAAGCUGCAGCUGCCCCUCUUCCCUCCCCUCGCUGUCUCUCCUCGCCUGGCGGUCCUCCGUUUCUGAAGUCUGACACGACUCUAAACUGAUCCUCUUUGUACAUAGGGCUGUGGACUGCAUGUGUAAUAUCCUGCCGUGUUCUUCAAAAGACUGCCAACUUUGUAUCCCUGAAACACCUUUGUUUUGUUUUUGGUUUUUGUUAUUUUUUUAAAUGAUCAUGUCUGUCUUGAGUGUGUAAUUUUUAAAUCUUGUUCACGUUGCCCCUCCCCCCCUAACACGCACCUGUAUGAAGUGUGGUUAGGAGCUGCUACCUGUCGAGAGGUCCUCACAGCUGAUGACGGUCCGGUCCUCGUUGAAAGACGGUCCGCGUCGUGGUGCAACAGUGGUUGUAUGAAGAAUUGCCAUUGUAGGGCUGUGAAGAGUGAGCGUCCUGUGUUUUAUUUCGUAAUCCAGGUGAAACUCCUGGUCCGUAUUGUGUUUUUUGCGAUUAUAAUAUGUGGUUCUGUAAUAGAUGUGGAAAUGUAUAGAUGAAAUAAAAAGAAAGUUAGACUCCCGUA